CCUCAGAGCUGUGGGACCCAAGACGCCGUGCCAAGGCCACCCACGGGGUCCCUCGGUGUCUGCUGUCACCAGGUGUCUGCUUUUGGUCCAUGUAUUCGUGUCAUGAGACUGAUGGAAAAGCUUGUGCCUCAGUCUACCCGGAGACACAGAGACUUCACUGAAGGGAUGCAACCCCCUUGCACAGACCGGCCGGAGCAAACUGCAGAACCAGCGGGCCGCCUUGAACCAGCAAAUCCUGAAGGCCGUGCGGAUGCGCACAGGAGCGGAAAACCUGCUGAAAGUAGCCACAAACCAGAAGGUGAGAGAGCAGGUGCGCCUGGAGCUGAGCUUUGUCAACUCAGACCUGCAGAUGCUCAAGGAAGAGCUGGAGGGGCUCAACAUCUCCGUGGGAGUCUACCAGAGCACUGAGGAGGCCUUUACCAUCCCACUGAUUCCUCUCGGCCUGAAGGAAACCAAAGAUGUUGACUUUUCCGUGGCCCUCAAGGAUUUUAUCCUGGAACACUACAGCGAAGACAGCUAUCUGUAUGAAGAUGAGAUCGCAGAUCUGAUGGAUCUGAGACAAGCUUGCCGAAGGCCCAGCCGUGACGAAGCUGGGGUGGAGCUGCUCCUGACUUACUUCAUCCAGCUGGGAUUUGUGGAGGCUCGGUUCUUCCCGCCCACCCGCCAGAUGGGGCUCCUGUUUACGUGGUAUGACUCCCUCACUGGGGUUCCUGUCAGCCAGCAGAACCUGCUGCUGGAGAAGGCCAGCAUCUUGUUCAACAUGGGAGCGCUCUACACUCAGAUCGGGACGCGCUGUGAUCGGCAGACACAGGCUGGGUUGGAGAGCGCCGUGGACGCCUUCCAGAGAGCUGCAGGGGUCUUAAACAACCUGAAAGAGACGUUUACGCAUACCCCGAGUUAUGACAUGAGCCCCGCCAUGCUCAGCGUGCUGGUCAAAAUGAUGCUCGCGCAGGCGCAGGAGUGCGUGUUUGAGAAGAUCAGUCUUGCUGGCAUCCGGAAUGAAUUCUUCUCGCUGGUCAAGGUGGCUCAGGAGGCAGCCAAGGUGGGAGAGGUCUACCAGCAGCUGCACGCGGCCAUGAGCCAGGCACCUGUGAAAGAGAACAUCCCCUACUCCUGGGCCAGCGUGGCCCGAGUGAAGGCCCACCACUAUGGGGCCCUGGCCCACUACUUCUCUGCCACCCUCCUCAUCGACCAUCAGCUGAAGCCUGGCGAAGACAUGGACCACCAGGAGAAGUGCCUUUCCCAGCUCUACCACCACAUGCCAGAGGGGCUGACGCCCUUGGCCACACUGAAAAACGACCAGCAGCGCCGACAGCUCGGAAAGUCACACCUGCUCAAAGCCAUCACCCUCCACGAGGAAUCGGUGAGAGAGGCCAGCCUGUGCAAGAAGCUGCGCAACAUCGAGGUGCUGCAGGAAGUGCUGUCGGUGGCACACCAGCGCUCCCGGCUCAAGUACGCCCAGUACCAAGAGGACGAUGACCUCCUGACCCUCGUCGAUGCUCCUGACAUUAUUUCUAAGACCCAGCAAGAGGUUGAAGUCAUAUUGCCUCAGUUCUCCAAGGUGCCAGUGACGGACUUCUUUCAAAAGUUGGGACCCCUGUCCGUGUUUUCAGCCAACAAGAGGUGGACGCCUCCUCGAAGCAUUUGCUUCACCCCGGAAGAAGGAGACCUGGGGUUCACCUUGAGAGGGAAUGCCCCUGUUCAGGUCCACUUCCUGGAUCCCCAGUGCUCUGCUGCGCUGGCAGGAGCCAAGGAAGGAGACUAUAUUGUUUCCAUUCAAGCCGUGGAUUGUAAGUGGCUGACCGUGAGCGAGGUUAUGAAGCUGCUGAAGGGCUUUGGCGAGGAAGAGAUUGAGAUGAAGGUUGUGAGCAUGCUGGACUCCAUGUCAUCCAUGCACAAUAAAUGUGCCACGUACUCCGUGGGCAUGCAGAAGACUUACUCCAUGAUCUGCUUGACCAUUGAUGAUGAUGAUAAAACUGACAAAAGCAAGAAAAUCUCAAAAAAGCUUUCUUUUUUGAGUUGGGGCACCAACAAGAGCAGACAAAAGUCAGCCAGUACCCUGUGCCUCCCUUCCGUUGGGGUGGCCAGGCCUCAGAUCAAGAAGAAGCUCCCCGCUCCCUUCAGCCUCCUCAGCUCCGACAGCUUUCUCUACUAAUGGGAGCAAAGCAAAUGGCAGACCCAAAGCAUUUCCAGCGCUGACUCGGCCUUCAUCUGUGCCAUGAUGGAAAAUAUCAAAGAGAGUCUCAUUUUCUGUGCCAGCUUGUACUUGAUGUGUUUUUAUGAAGGAAGGCAACAAGAAACCUCUGGAAAUUUCUGGAAAACGAAUCUAUCGGAGGAAUAUCA